AUGGAUGGUAGUGAUAAUGACUGGAUUGGCACUCCCAUGCCCUCAUGUUGCCUGGACAACGUUACUGUGGAGAAUUCCAGUGUGGGUCAAAUUUAUGAAGUAGUGCUUCAGUCAACAAACACGACUAAGCGUAACCCACAGUUUGUUGGCGUGGAGCUUCUUCAGUCUUUUAAACCUCUCAUCAUCCCCUGUUACGCUCUUGUGGUGCUAGUUGGGGUUUUUGGUAACUACCUGCUACUUUACGUCAUCUGCCAUACCAAAAAGAUGCACAAUGUGACCAACUUUUUCAUCGGUAACCUGGCGUUUUCCGACAUGCUGAUGUGUGCCACCUGUGUGCCCUUUACCCUGGCAUAUGCUUUUAAUCCUCGUGGAUGGGUGUUUGGGAGAUUCAUGUGCUACCUGGUAUUCCUCAUUCAACCCGUGACGGUGUAUGUGUCAGUAUUCACACUGACAGCGAUUGGGGUGGACAGAUACUACGCUACAGUCCAUCCUCUGAAGAAGCGCAUCUCAGUUCUGGCCUGCACGUAUCUUCUCUCUGGCAUUUGGAUUCUCUCGUGUGGUCUGGUUGCUCCUGCCGUGGCCCACACCUACCAUGUAGAGUUCAAAGAUGAAGGCUUCACCAUCUGCGAGGAGUUCUGGAUGGGUCAAGAAAGAGAACGACUAGCCUACGCCUAUAGCACCCUCUUCAUCACAUAUGUUCUUCCUCUCUCUGCUCUCUGCAUCUCCUAUUUGUGCAUUUCUGUCAAGCUUCGCAACUGUGUGGUGCCAGGUCAUCGUACCCAGAGUCAAGCUGAAGCCCAACGGGCUCGGAAACGGAAGACCUUUCGCCUGGUGACGUUGGUCGUUGCCGCAUUUGGGAUCUGCUGGCUGCCUAUAAGCGUAUUUAAUGUUCUUCGGGAUAUUGAUAUUGACCUGAUUGACAAGCGCUAUUUCUUGUUGAUCCAGUUGUUAUGCCACUUGUGUGGAAUGAGUUCGUCUUGUUGUAACCCUUUCUUGUAUGCGUGGUUGCACGAUCGCUUCAGGGCCGAGUUGAGAAAGAUGUUUACUUGCCAUCGACGAAUUGGCAUUGGGAUACCGGCUAACAACUGUGCCACAGCUAGUGUGGUUCUCUGA